AUGUACGGUUUGUUACUGCAGUCGAUCGCUGCGUAUCUGCAAGAGACGUAUGGAGAAAUCAUUUUUAAGAAAAUAAUCCAUAAAGCGGGCAUUCCGGUGACGAUAUUCAAUACACACGACAUCUAUCCAGAUGCUUACAUGGAACAACUUACGGAAGGGGCAGCGGCGGUCAUCGGAGACUGGCAAAGCGCUAAAGAUUAUCUCGAACUCUUUGGCCAGCUUUUUGUGCAGUACUGUCACACGUAUGGACACGACAAGAUUCUGCGAGUAUCCGGAAAGAAUUUUCGGGAUGUAAUGAAGAAUAUUAAUCACAUCCAUCACUGUAUGCGCUACAGUUAUCCGCGCAUGAUCCAUCCAUCGUUUAUUAUCACGGCCGAAGAUAGUUAUGGAAUGGUGUUACACUAUGAAUCCUGUCGGAAAGGUUACGCGCCGUACGUCACCGGACUACUGAAAGAACUGGCUCUGCGAUUCUUCAACAAACGCCUGGGUAACGUUCGAGUUCUGCACGAAGAGGAAGUGCCGCACCGUGAAACAUUUCUAACGGUGCUUCGGCUGGAUUUUAACAACACCGGCUACGUGGAGGCACCCUCUAUCUCGCAGAUUGGACUUUGCCGGCGCUUUGCACAAAUUACCACUAAGACCCUCUUUAAUAUACUGCCAUAUAGUAUCUAUUUGAAUCACGCGUUGGUGGUUGCGCAAUGCGGAGAAAAACUGAGUCGCCUGUUCAAAGACACAAUCGAGGGUAAAACACUGGCUGACAUUUUCCGACCAACCCAACCAUGCUUUGACCUUUCUUUUGAUAUGAUUCUGCAUCUGCAAGACGUACCUAUUGAAAUGGAAUCUCUUCUGUACAUCAUGCUGGAGAAUCCUAAAACGCGUGAAAGGGUUAUGACAAAGCAGAAAUUAUUGCUCAAGGGACAAUUUAAGCAGACAUCGAGGAACAGUAUUCUGUUCAUGAGCUCGACUCCAACGGUAGGGGAUCUGUCGGAUUUGGAGCGUAUAGGAUUCUUCCUCAGCGAUUUACCAUUGCAUAGCGGCUCCGCCGAUCUGGCCGCCUGUGGCUGGCAUUCGCAUAAGCAGGUUUUCCAGCAUUUUCAGACGGAAUCGGAAAAAAGCCGCCAACUCGAGGAAUCACUAACAAAGCUGGAUGAAUGGAAGAAACGGGGUGAUAUGUUGCUGGGAUCCUUAGUUCCAAAUUAUGUCCUGCAAAAAUUGCAAUCCAGCCAGAUGAGUGGAACGCCAGGAUACCACUACUGUGAGUUCUUCGAAUCGGUAACCGUGACCUUUAUCCGGCUGUAUGAUUUCGGGAGAUUUUGUUCAAGCGUUGCUGCAACGGACCUGAUGAAAAUUGUCAGUCAGUGUUGGAUGGCAAUUGACUCUUUAUCCGAUAAGUAUCGUGUUGUCAAAGUGGAAAACCGUGGAGAAGAAUAUUUGAUUGCCAGCGGGAUUCCAGCAAUGAAACCCUGUCAGCAUGCUUCCGAAGCAGCCGCACUCUGUGUCGAGGUCAUGAAACUAGUGGACAAAAUGGAUUUUCUGCGUCUACACGAUACGCGAUUGAAGAUCCGAAUUGGAAUAAACACUGGACCGGUUAUGGCCGGUAUUCUUGGAUUCCAAUUACCGCGAUUUUGUCUUUUUGGAGACACCGUAAACACCGCAUCGCGCAUGGAAUCUACCGGUCUUCCAUUUCGGAUACAAUGUAGUCAACAGACCGCGACAUUUCUGAAUUUGACAGAGAAAUUCGUUCUGAACGAACGCGGCACUAUUGAAAUUAAGGGAAAAGGCCGCAUGAAAGUGUUUUGGUUAAUUGCAUAUAAAACGCACAUCUGAUAAACCGCGUGGGUUUCGACUUUUCCUUUAUAAUUUUGAUAAGAAAAUUGCUGAAACCAUAAUUCCACAGUAAAAUGUAGUUUUAU